AUGGAAGAAGAACGGUACGAGACUCUUAAGGAGCUUGGUUCGGGGAACUUUGGAGUAGCAAGGUUGGCCAAAGACAAGAAGACAGGGGAGCUUGUUGCCAUCAAAUACACAGAAAGGGGGAAAAAGAUUGAUGCGAAUGUUCAAAGGGAGAUAGUAAACCAUCGAUCUCUAAGGCAUCCAAAUAUUAUUAGGUUCAAAGAGGUAUUUCUGACCCCUACUCAUUUGGCAAUUGUCCUGGAGUAUGCUGCUGGUGGUGAACUCUUCGAGAGGAUAUGCAAUGCUGGUCGAUUGAGUGAAGAUGAGGCAAGAUUUUUCUUCCAGCAACUAAUAUCUGGAGUUAGCUAUUGUCAUUCCAUGCAAAUAUGCCAUAGAGAUCUGAAAUUGGAAAACACUCUACUGGACGGAAAUCCAGCUCCUAGACUAAAAAUUUGUGACUUUGGUUUCUCCAAGUCUGCUUUGCUGCACUCUCAACCCAAGUCAACAGUUGGAACUCCUGCAUACAUUGCUCCAGAAGUUUUGUCACGAAAGGAAUAUGAUGGAAAGAUUGCAGAUGUUUGGUCUUGUGGUGUGACUCUUUAUGUGAUGUUAGUUGGAGCAUACCCAUUUGAAGAUCCAGAAGAUCCUAAAAAUUUCAGAAAGAGUAUUGGGAGAAUUAUGAGCGUUCAAUACGCCAUACCCGACUACGUACGUGUUUCUAAGGAGUGUAGACAUCUUAUCUCUUGUAUUUUUGUUGCCAAUCCUGCCAAGAGGAUCAGCAUCUCGGAGAUAAAACAGCACCUUUGGUUUAGGAAGAACUUACCAAGGGAGAUAAUUGAGGCUGAAAGAAGGGGUCACGAGGAAACUCAAAAGGACCAACCAAGCCAAAGUGUGGAAGAAAUAAUGCGGAUCGUACAAGAAGCAAGGACAAAAAUCCACACUUAUGACCAAACUGCCACAGGAUCGUCGAAUCCUGUGCUUGCUGAUGAGGCUACUGAAGAAGUUAAUGAUGACUUUGCCAAAUAUCUAGCCCUUGCUUGA